AUGGUGCAGAACAAAGGCCUCAUCUUCAAGCAGCCUCCCACGGCCUGGCCGGAGAUUGGCAAGCACAUUGCCGUCGAGGACCGUGACUUCGACACAGAGCAAGCACCCCCUUCGGGCGGCUUCACAUGCAAAGUCAACUAUGUCUCGUUCGACCCAUACCAACGUGGCAGGAUGCGGAGCCCAGAGAUCAAGAGUUACUCCGCCCCCUUCGAGCAAGGAAAGCCAGUGACCAACGGAGCCAUCGUGACCGUCAUCAAGAGCGACAACGACAAGUUCAAGCCCAAGGAUGUCGUCAAGAUGCCCAUCACCUGGACCGAGGAGUACAGCGCCAUUCCAAAGGAGAUGCUGGCUGGCGCAGAGGUCCUGCAGAACCCUUACAAGCUGGACGAGAAGUUCUUCCUCGGUGCGCUGGGGAUGCCUGGCUUGACUGCGUAUAGCUCGUUCUACGAGAUCGGGGAGCCGAAGAAGGGCGAGACGAUCUUUAUCAGUGCCGCUUCAGGCGCGGUUGGACAGCUUGUUGGCCAAUUGGCGAAGCAUGAGGGGUUGAAGGUGAUCGGGAGUGUGGGUGACGACAAGAAGCUGGAUUUCAUCCAAAAGGAGCUCGGCUUCGACGGCGGUUUCAACUACAAGAAGGAGAAGCCGCUUGAAGCCCUGCAGAGACUGGCGCCUCAAGGCAUCGACAUUUACUACGAGAACGUCGGUGGCGAACAACUCGAGGCUGCCAUCACCCAGAUGAACCAAUUCGGCCGCAUCGUCGCUUGUGGCAUGAUCUCUCAAUACAACAAGCCACCGUCAGAGGCAUAUGGUGUAACCAACCUGAUGCAGGUGGUUGGCAAGCGUCUGAAGAUGCAGGGCUUUAUUGUCAUGGAUCAAAACAUGGGCCCGAAGUACCACAAGCAGCACCAGGAGAACGUGCAAAAGUGGAUUCACGAUGGCAGCUUCAAGGCCCAGCAGAGUGUGACGAAGGGGAUUGAGAACUCGGCAGACGGCUUGAUUGGGAUGUUUGAGGGGCGCAACUUCGGUAAGGCUGUGCUGGAGGUUGCUUCGUUGUAG